UUGUUAAUUCUGGGCAUGAGAGCAGAUGUUCAUGCUGUGCUGACCCUCCUUCUUGUUCCAGUGCAUGAAGGCAGCCCUCUGGGUGAACUCCAUCGUUGUAUCCGGGAGGGGGUGAAGGUGAAUGUUCACAUCCGCACUUUCAAGGGACUUCGGGGCGUCUGUACAGGCUUCCUCGUUGCGUUUGACAAGUUCUGGAAUAUGGCACUUACUGAUGUGGAUGAGACCUACCGAAAGCCUGUUCUAGGCAAAGCAUAUGAACGGGACUCCUCACUGACCCUUACCAGGCUGUUUGAUCGACUGAAACUGCAGGAUUCCUCCAAGAAGGACGCUGAUUCUAAGUCUGCAGUUGAAGACUCCACUCUGUCCAGAUACUCCCAGACGUCUACUUGGAAGGUGGCUUCGGUGUGGGGAAGAGGAGACACUGACCGGGGUUCACGCAGGCGUUCCCGCUCCGUCCCUUCUUCCCUGCAGGCAUCUGCAAGGGAGGAGUCCAGCUCACUGGCAGUGAUCCACUCUGCUCACCGCUGAGACUGACUCUGCUCCCCUGGAGGAUUUCGCCACAACUGACUAAUUGAUCCUCACAUGCUUCCAGGAGUACCUGGAUUUGCCACCAGCUUCCCUCUGUGCACGUAACAGGAAGUUGAACCGCCCAAAGAUUUGCGACAUUGAUCACAUAAUUUCCUCUGUGUGCUUCCAGCACGGAGUCACCUGGGUAAGGUGGACAAGUAACAAUGACAUUGAUCCUCAGAGAGGGAAACCUCGAGUUAACUGUCAAGACCCAAUUCCCCACUUUCAAAGAAUGCAUUAAGUUGGGCUUAGCCAACACACAGGAAAUUUCUAACCACCGCAGUGGAGGAAAGGGAGGCAAGACCCACGUGUUCCAGUUCUGGCCCUGGUUGUCCUGUAUCACAAAGACUUGUGAUUAAAUGAAAAAUCCUCAUUAAUCAAAAAAAGCAGAAGAGUCAGCUAGCUUGACAUUUAAAAUGUACAGUGAUGUUUAAAUAUUGGCAGCGAGUGGAGGCCAGUGCAAUGAGAUGUAUCUUCUGUCACUCUCCCUACACUUCCUGGGUAGGAGUGGCAAAGGAAAAAAAAAUGUACUUUGCCCAACCCGGUUCUCUCCUUGGAUGUGAAUGAAGCGUACUUCAGUCUGCUCAGUGACCACUAGGUGGCAGUGUCUUAAAGAGAACUGCCUAACUGGAGUCCCGGAAGGACCCGAGUCUCCAGAUCUCCAGUCGCUGCUGCAAUUUAUUAUAAAAUGCUCACCGGUCUGGACUGAGAUAAUCAAGGGAAAACAAACUAUUAUCUACUCAAGUGGCAAUAUAAACGUUUCUUACCAAUAUUGAAUUUACCUAAUGUGAAGCUUAGGAAGCCUGACUGAGGGCAAUCAGCCGGUGACUGUGCUGGGGGAAGGGUGAGGAAGACAGACUGCCCCGUGUCCACCGUUUUAGGGAGCCGGCUUGCUGUUCUCAUAUGUGGGGUUCUUCAUUUCUCCUCAGGACACUGCCAGUGCCCCUCGGCCUCUUCCCACCUGCUGGCAGGGGAUUACUCCAGGAGAAUUGUCUUGGUGCCCUUAUUUCUCAGCCGCUGCCUCACUUUUGGAAACAAUUCAAUUUCCCCCAGUCUCGAGGGCGGAGAGCCCAUCUGUGACAGGCUGCAGUUCUCUUACGAUUCCACGAUCAGAAUUAAGCCUCCACUCCAAGACUGCAAGCAAAUACGCUCUUGAAUCUGAGGAAAAUUUCUAAUAGACACAGAAGACUGUGUUGUUUGAGGCUGGGCACCGGGGGUAGGAGUGGGUGGGCAGUGCUAGUAAGUCUCCUGGCGGCGCUUCAGGUCAAGCCCUUCCAGAGCCCUUCCCCUCUCUGUGUCAAGCAAUGAUUUCCCAGCCGCCUAUGGUGAAGCGGGAUACAGCAUGUGAAAUAAUUAGGCGCUGGUCUUCAAGUGAGUAACUGAAAGUAAGAUUAUAAUAAAGAGCUUUAUUUCA